AUGUCCCAAGAUACUAUGAAAGCCGUUGUUUUUCACGGUACUCUAGAUGUUCGACUUGAGGAUCGUCCCAUCCCGAAAAUUGUUGAUCAAACCGACGUCAUUGUCAAAGUUAAAUACUCGGCACUAUGCGGAAGUGAACUUCACGUUUUCCGAGGACAUCAAGCCUCGAAAACAGGCUUCAUCAUGGGUCACGAAACUAUAGGCACAAUUGUUGAAUUGGGUAGCGACGUAAAGACACAUAAGAAAGGCGAUUUGAUUGUCAUGCCCUUUACUGCGUCUUGUGGUGAAUGUUUUUAUUGUACGAGAGGGUACUCCUCGCGAUGUGAGAAAUGCUUGUUGUUCGGAUGUCCUUUGCUUGAUGGUGGUCAGGCUGAGUAUAUGAGAGUACCAUUGGCAGACUCCACGGCUGUUGAAGCUCCUGAUGGUAUUGAUGAGAAGAAGUUGGUUUUGAUGGCGGACAUUUUUCCCACUGGAUAUUUCGCGGCUAGAAACGCUUUUGAUGGAAUGUCACCAGAAACCAUAAGCAACAGUGUUGUGGUUUUGAUUGGGUGUGGGCCAGUCGGUCUUUGUGCCUUGAUUAAUGCUUUAGAGUAUAAACCGAAAGUUGUGAUAGCCAUUGAUCGUGUGGAAAGUCGGUUGGAACUGGCUAAGAAGUUGGGUGCUGAACCUUGGAAUGACCUGACGAAUAAAGAAGGGUUGACACAACGAGUGAAAGAAUUGACUGAUGGACGAGGUGCCGAUUGCGUAAUUGAGGGAGUGGGACAUGCAGAUGCGUUGAGAACUGGAUUCGAUUUAUUGCGGCCAUGGGGAAACAUCGCGAGCUUUGGUGUGCAGCAAGAUGAAAUCCCUUGGUCGGGAAGCGAGGCGUAUGGGAAAAAUGUGAAAUCACAGUUCGGAAGAUGUCCUGUUCGAAGUGUUUUCCCUCAAGCUAUGGAAGUUCUGAAAAAGAACCAACAUAAACUCGAAUUUAUGACUGAUAAAAUCAUGCCAUUAAGUCAAGCGGUCGAAGGAUAUGAUAUCUUUAAUAAAAUGCAAGUGCACAAGGUUAUAUUUGAGCCCGGACAUUGA